AUGUCUGAAGAAGAUAAAAACUCGUCAUCUUAUUAUGAAUCGUCUGAUGAUUCGUCAUCAUCAUCAUCAGAAGAAGAAACCAUAAUCAAGCCAGUGUUCAUAUCACAACGAAAAUCACAACAAUCAACAACCAAAGAAAUCUCCCGUGUCGAGGAAGAACAAAGAAAGAAAGAGAUAUUGAAUUCUAAAUUAGAUCAAAAAGAAACAUCAAUUGAAGAAACACAACGCGAUGAAUUUGAUGGAGUUGAUGAUACUGAUGAUAUUGAACCUGAAUUAGAAUAUGAAAAUUGGAAAACUAGAGAAUUAUUAAGAUUAAAAAGAGAUUUUGAAAUUAUUAAACAAUUAGAAUUAGAAAAAGAAGAUCAACUUAAACGUAAUCAACUACAACAACAACAACAACAAGAAGAAGAAGAAGAAGAGAAUAAAUGA